GUCCAAUUUGGAACCCUAUCAACCUACUUCAACCUCGUGAAGCAGCGCAAGCCGAUCACCAGCUUCCCCUCCCUGAUCGGCGAUUUCUUUACCUACGCGGACCGUAGCGAGGACUACUGGAGUGGUUAUUACACCUCAAGACCCACGCACAAAGCCUUCUCCCGGAUCGUUGAGGCUGAAUUGAGGUCUGCUGAAAUCCUCUUCUCUCUGGCACGGCAUUGGCAGCCAAACUUGGCAUCUGAACUUAACUCGGAGACAUGUCGGUCUCUGUACGACAAGAUCUCGUCGGCCAGACGAAGCCUAGCCCUCUUUCAGCAUCACGACGCUAUCACGGGAACAGCUAGGCGACAUGUCAUGACCGACUACAGGCGCGGCAGUCUGAAACUGUACACUUUAGGCUCUCUUCGGCUAUGGACAAUUCGCGCUAUGUCGCCGGAGCUUCCCUCGCCCUGCUUCUCGGAGCCGGACAGCAGGAUGUCGAAAAUGCUGUUCACAAUCAAGUUCUACAUUGGGGCAGUGUCCUGCUUCAUUCCGCAGGCUGGGAUUGGUCCAUUCCAGGGGCCCCUGCCUGCCCAAUCAUCAUCUUUACGAGCCUGGAGCAAGUGCGGUUAG